UACUUAGAUUGCUUCCAGUUUUAUCUCUUUGUUUUUUAAGUUCUAGUUAAUUGCUUAGAAUCCCAAGACAAGCUCCAGUCUCUCCUUCGGUUCAGCUUCUGAGAAAAUCUCUGAUUUGGAAUCAACUGAUAAAAUCUCUUCACUGAACAAUGUUGAGAACCGAACCAUCUCUUUCCAUAUAUACUCGUACGGAAGGGGCUGAAAAUGGAGAGAUCCAGCAAGAAAACCUCCCGACAGAUGAAGCAUUGGAAAGGACAAUUACUAUUGGAGACAGCAUUGCGGGUGGUGAUAGUGGAGGAUUCAGCUUUGGGAAAAUGGGUAUGGGGUUGAUUGAGGAACGAGGAGAAGGGGAUGAAGAAGAAGCAUUAACAGAUGAAAUUCGAGACUUGGGUAUUGGGGAAGAAAUUGAACGGCCAGCUAGUCCUCCAAUGUAUCUCGCUGCCGGACUUGGAAUUGAUGGUAACGAUGGUUUAGGUGGUGUUGAUUUUAAUUUUCCUGAAUUUGAUGAGAGUGACGAUAUUGAGGAGAAUUAUAAGAGGUUGAUCGAUCAGUAUCCAUGCCAUCCUUUGAUUCUCAAAAACUAUGCUCAGCUCUUACAGUCGAAAGGUGAGUUUCAUGGAGCAGAGAAAUAUUACCAUCGUGCUAUAUUAGCAGAUCCUGAAAAUGGUGAAAUUCUAUCAAUGUAUGCUAAGUUGGUGUGGGAGGUCCAUCAUGAUCAAAGUAAAGCUUUGUGUUACUUUGAACGUGCAGCUCUUGCUGCUCCUCAAGAUAGCAAUAUCCUUGCAGCAUAUGCGAGUUUCCUCUGGGAGGUAGAUGAAGCUAGAGAAGAAAGUUACCAACAAUUAGAUGAAGUCCAGACUGUUGAUGAAAAUCUAAAUGAAGCCAAUAAUUCGGUAUCUAAAGAAGGUCCCCAGACAGCUAGGCCAUUAUUGCAUCAUGUUGCAGGACUUGGGAAUGAUCUGAGUGAAGUUUCGGCAGCUGAUGAAAAGGGAGCCAAUGUUGAGGAGAGUUAUAAGAGGAUGCUUGAGGCAGACCCUGACAAUCCUCUUAUACUAAAAAAUUAUGCUCAAUUCCUUUGUCAGUUGAAAGGAGACUUGAAAGGAGCAGAAGAAUACUACUGGCAUGCGAUGACAGCUGAUCCGGGAGAUGGUGAAACAAUAUCCCAAUAUGCCAAGUUGGUUUGGGAUGUUCAUAACGACCAUGAUAAAGCCAUGUAUUACUUUGAGAAGGCAGUUGAAGCUACUCCUGGAGACAGCCAUGUUGUUGCAGCAUAUGCUCGUUUCUUGUGGGAAACUGAAGGAGAGGAGAGUGUAAGCCAAGACGAUAACUUUGAAGUUCAUGGAGGAGUUGUAAGUAUUGCAAGUGCUUAAUAAGCACUCAUUAGUCAUUAUAUGUUGCACAUCUAAGCUCACUAGAACAUUAUCUUCUUUUUCUUUUGGGUAGAAAAUAAAAGAUUGCCUUAUAGGCACUGUAACUAACACUAUUUAUGAAUAAAAAUUAGUAAAAAAAAAAAA